AUGGGCGGCGGCGUACCAAUCAACACAGCCCCCGUUGAGGGAGGCUUCCUCACGGGGAAGAAGCUCAUCUUCCCACUCUCCCUCGUCAUCUCGCUGUUCUUCCUAUGGGGUUUCUCGUACGGUCUUCUGGAUGUGCUCAAUAAGCAUUUCCAGACUGUUCUCGACAUCACUCGGCUCGAGUCUACCGGUCUCCAAGUCAUGUACUUUGGCGGUGGUUACCUCUGCUUCUCGCCAGUCGCAGCUGAAGUCAUGAAGCGCAAGGGAUACAAGUUCACAAUCCUCAUGGGCCUCAGUCUAUACUCGCUUGGCGCCGUCUUCUUCUGGCCGGUUGCGCAUUUCACCACCGAGUCAAACAAGACGGCCGCGUUCGGUGGUUUCCUGGUCUGCACUUUCGUCAUCGCCUGCGGCCUUGCGACCCUCGAGACUUCCGCCAACUCCUACGCUGUGGUCAUUGGUGAUCCAGCAACGGCUUCGGCACGUCUGCAGUUCUGUCAAUCCUGGAACGGUGUUGCCUCGUUCGUCGGCCCGCUCAUAGCAUCCAAGGCCUUCUUCUCCGGGUCCGGCGAAGGCUCCCUGGUCAACGUCCAAUAUGUCUACCUCGCAGUCGCAUGCGCCGGUGCAGCGGUCGGUGUUAUGUUCUUCUUUGCGAAGCUACCGGAGAUCCAGGAAGCAGCUGUUCGUCGCGGAUCUGUCGUCACCGAGAACACGCUGGAGCUUGGCGUCGAUCAGUACGGCAAUGUCAUCGGCGACGCACCCCUAUACAAGCAGUACAAUAUGAUCGGGGGUUUCAUCGCCCAGUUCUGCUACGUGGGCGCUCAAGUCACGACAGCCUCAUUCUUCAUCAACUACGCUACGGAGAACGCCAGCUUCACAGAUGCUCAGGCCUCACAGAUGCUCUCCUACGGCUUGAUCACCUUCACAGUUGCUCGCUUCAUCGCCACCGGUCUUGCCUGCUUCUUCGAGAGCAACUUCAUCCUCGUCGUCUAUGCUUGCGGCGCCAUCGCCUUCACCGCCUACGUCUCCGCCGGGUCUGGGACUUCCGCCGUGGCGUGUUUGAUCAUCAUUUUCUUCUUCAUGGCGCCUAUGUACCCGGCUCUCUUCACCUUGGGCACGGCAAACCUCGGCCGCCACACUCGCCGUGGUGCCGGUAUCUUGGUCAUGGGCGUCAGCGGCGGUGCUGUCUUCCCCCCGAUCCAAGGCGCCAUCGCCGACUCAGUGAACACCCGCAUCUCCUACGUCGUCCCGCUCGUCGGGUUCGUCGUCGUGCUCUGCUACGUCUCCUACUCCUGGGCCAGCCACGGCUUCCACAUCCUGCGCGUCAAGGGCGAGAACAUCGUCGCUACCUCUCUCGAAGGCGGUGCUGUUGGCGGCGCUCUCACGACUACGCACUACGAUGAGAAGAGGCUGUCUGUUGUCGCGCAGGACGAGAUUCGACGGGGAAGUGUUGGUGCUGUUACGGUGAAAGGUGUUACUGGCGGCAUCAACUACGACCAGUCGGAGAUGACCAGGCGGGCGAGUUUGGUGGAGGCGCCGCCUUCGGGGAAGUACUAG